AAAUGCUAUAAAAUAUGUAUUGAGUUUCCUUUUUAUCAAAGGUAAGAGAAAGAGAACUGAAGUAACUCAAACACCGACCUGUUGAACAGCAUGGCGGUUUAUUUCAGCUACAUCUCGAUGUCAAUAAAGGUCAGCAUUACAACAUAUUUUAACCUACAAGUUUGAAUUCCGGUAUGGAUGUAAAUGCAGCUGCAGGAAGUCUACAACAUCUACGAUGAGAGGCUCGGGAACAUUUGAAUAAAAGCAUAUUGAUGCUUUGUUUUCAAGCCGCCGCUCUACUUCCUGGAAGAAAGGAUUUGCAUUCGCAGUGAUGAACAGUACACAAGCAACGGUCAUUUAAACAGGUUGUCUAGAAAUCCAAAUUAAAAAAAGAAUAUGUGAAAUGUUUAAAUGAAUGCUUCUGUGGCUUUUUGACAUGCAACAGAACUUGUGCGUAUUAUAACAGUUGAAUUAAAUGUCCACUGUGUGAUAUGCUCAUGCCAUUAGUGUGUCACCCAGGAACGAGUCAAACAGGUGUACAACAAAGCGAAAGGCAGAAGUAAAGACACGCGGUCACAACAAACUCCAGAUCGGACUCAUUUCAUUUUAAUCUGCUGAUUUUUUCUAAGCAUGAGCGAUUCAACAAGGAUCGUGGUCUUGGGAAAGACUGGAGCUGGGAAGAGCAGCCUGGCCAACACCAUCUUCGGAGAGACAUUGUUCGAGAUAGACAAUUCGGCCAAUUCAGGAACAAUUGUAUGUCAAGCAGAAACCAAACGUGUCAAAGGGAGAAGACUCAUGUGGGUCGACACUCCUGGGUUCUUCGACACAAGCAGACCUGAGGAUAAGCUGAAGCUUGAGAUAGAGAGGUGUAUCGAAAGGUGCGCUCCUGGGCCUCAUGUUUUUCUCAUUGUGCUUAAAGUGGAGAAAUUCACAGAGCAAGAGAAGGACGUCAUCAGAAAAAUCCAGCAAUGUUUCUCGAAAGAAGCUUUGAAAUAUGCCAUAGUUGUCUUCACACGUGGUGACCAGCUCCCUGAGGGAAUGAGGAUCGAGCAGUGGGUCAAUCUGGAUCGAGAUCUGAGGGAUCUGGUUGAGAAGUGCGGGAGACGGUGCCACGUCAUUGACAAUAUUAGAUGGAAGGAAAACCAGACGGAUGAAUACCGGAGCAACAAGUUCCAGGUAGAAGAAAUACUCAGGACAAUAGAUAACAUGACUACGGCCAACAAAAAGAGCUGUUACACUAUUGAGAUGCUUCAUGCUGCAUAUGAGUCAUGGGUUUAUUGGUCUGUAGGGGUAGGUGGUCUCGCAGCUUUGGUGUCCAUUGCUGUUAUUAUUAGUAAAAAAUGAAUACCGUGAUGACUGCAGUAAGGGCUGUGUAAUGUCAAGGAUCUGGUAAUACAAUGCGGAUCAUGAAAGUGGAUUAUAACUCAACAUAUUGCAGUACUUUAAGACAUGUUAGAUAAGGAAUUAAACUCUCUUACUCUUAUAUCAUAUAUUUUGUAACUUGAAACCAUCUUUUUUCCCCCCCAUCAACCAUUUUUCUGACAACACACCAGAAACUGCGUAAAAUGACGGUCAUUAUUUCUCAGACUAGUACAAGAAAACGUUUAUAGACUCAAAUGUUUCUGUAUAAAAGACAGAUGAGUAGUAAUGAAAUUAAUUGGAUGUUCUGCUGUCUGUCAGACUUAAGUAUGUUUAUUAAAGAGGCGUCUGACCCGAGUUUUUCCAUGAACAUUUGAAAACAUUAUUUAAUUUGUGACUCAAACAUGGUGCCAUUCAUUUGCUUGCUUCCCUUUUUUUCUUGCCUUCGUAUGUUAUUAAGGUGAAAGCGUUUGAGUUACCGUAUCCAUUCUUCUCCAUAAUUUCUGUGACUCUGAUUUCAUUCUUUUUUUUGGUCACAAAUGAAUCAAAAUGCAAAAAAUAAACGAGUGAUU